GUUAAAAACUGGUUUUAUGUCUGGCAUGCACCUUCCCAAUGUACAUAUUGGGCACUGAUAUCCCAAGGAUGACAUCAAGUGGAAAUUUGGGAGACCUGCUUUUUAGAAAGAAUUAUUCUCAUCAUUUUGUUCCCACCCUUUUGAACCAUAAUAUACCUUACCAAAAUUAAAUGUGAAGCAACAACCACUUUGAAAGGCCUUAUAAAAGCCAUUGUAAAGGCACCCAAAGUUUUAACUCAAAAGGCCACAGCUGCUUUUGCUUUUCUUCACUCCAAAAAAAGAAAAGAGUGCAAACUAGAAAACAUGACUCCAUUUGCUUCUUUCUUGCUACUCUUAUCUUCUCUAGCUCUUCUCUCUAUUGCUAGGAGCCAAGACAGAGCGCCCCAUGGCAUUGCUUACGAGAAUCCCAUGGCCUUCUCGCCCUCAGCAUAUGAAUUUUUCCAUCCGAAAACCCAAGAACCAGACACCAAAAACCCCUGUGCAGCUUCCAACUGUUCAUCAUUGCCUAUUGCAGCCCAUGUGGAUGCUACUAAAGCACUUGAAAGCAAGGAAUCAACAGCACAGAAAUCUGGGCAUCGACUGGGAAGUGGUGGAAUUGCAGGCAUUGUUUUUGGUUUGACAUUUGCAGUGCUUUUCGCAAUGGGUGUUUACUAUGUGCAUAACACCCGUCGAGCUAAUGCUAAUCAAGCUACCUCUGUUCAACCUGAUGUCUGAUCUUGUGCUCCUCAAUCACCAGUUCUCCAUUGUAUAAUACAGGCUAAGGCUUGAGAUUGAUAUAAAUAGUAGUAGUUAAGAAUUAAGCCUUUCUUCUCUUUUCUUCGGUUUUUCCUCCUUCCAAUCUGCUUUCAUGGAGUGUAUUGUUUUAUGAUUCAAUUUGUUAUGUAAUUGCAAGAUAGUGUUUUACAUGUUUAGAGUAUAGUGUCUGAGAUUAUGUAAUCAUCACAAUCAUGAAGGCAAUGGCAGACACAAAGACUGUUGUAGUUCCUGAAAGUCAAGG